UCUGAUCAUUUUUUAGGUUUUGCAUUUUUUUUUCAACCCCUAUAUAACAGUCUCUCCCUUUCUUCUGGCUGUGAAGUAGUUUUCAUCUGCAUGGUCUUCUAUUGGUAGGUUCGAAUGAGCUUCAUCUUUUGGAAAAAAGUUUAUGGCCAGCGACCGAGGUUCAACUUCUAAUUUCGGGGCUUCGUCUGAAAUCUGCUAAUUUUUUCACUCUCCACUCCUUAAGCUGGAAAAAUGUGUUUUGAACCAUUAAUGAAGGUUUUCACUGUAUUAUUGCUUUCAUGUAUUUUGCCUUUUUCAGGGCAUGGAAUCCAUGCUUUCUCCUACAACUAUUAUGCUACAACAGAGUGUUUGGUAAAGCCCCAAGGAGCUUUUUAUGGGGGGGGAGUUAUAGUUAACCCAGAAUUUGAACAUAAUAUUGAAGGGUGGACGGUAUUUGGACAUGGUCAAGUCAAAGAACGAAUAACAAAAGAAGGAAACAGGUUCAUCGUGUCACACAGUAGAACACAUCCAUUAGACAGUUUCUCACAGAAUGUUCAAGUUGAAGAAGGAAAAGUCUAUAGUUUUUCUGCUUGGAUUCAAGUCAGUGAAGGGAGUGAAAGUGUAGGUGUUAUAUUUAAACCUUCUAAAGGUCAUGUGGUUCAUGGUGGAAGAGUGGUAGCCAAGCAUGGGUGCUGGACUCUGCUUAAAGGUGGCAUGGUUGCAAAUUUCACAAGCCCUGUUGACAUUCUUUUCGAGAGCAAAAAUACAGCAGUAGAAAUAUGGGUGGACAAUGUCUCAUUACAACCAUUUAACAAGAAGCAAUGGAAAUCCCACCAAGACCAAAGCAUUAACAAGGUGAGAAAAAGCAAGGUGCAAAUCCAAGUAAAUGCAAAUAAAAUUCCACUGACAGAGGCUGAAGUAACCAUCAAACAAACGAAGUCCGGUUUCCCCUUUGGAUGUGGUAUGAACUUCCAUAUCCUCCAUAGCACCGAUUACCAGAAAUGGUUUUCAUCGAGAUUCAAGUUCACCACUUUCACCAACGAGAUGAAGUGGUACAGCACCGAGAAAGAACCAGGCCAAGAGAACUAUACCGUCGCCGAUGCUAUGGUUGAAUAUGCUCAACAAAAUGGGAUUUCCAUUAGAGGUCACAACAUUUUCUGGGACAAUCCAAAAUAUCAACCUUCAUGGGUGAAAUCCCUUUCUCCUGACCAACUACGAAAAGCAGCAGCCAAGAGAAUCAACUCGGUCGUUCCAAGAUAUAAAGGGGAACUGAUUGCUUGGGAUGUAAUGAAUGAAAAUCUCCAUUUCAGUUUCUAUGAGGAUAAUCUUGGUCAGAAUGCUUCUGCAGAAUACUACUCCAUUGCUCAACGGCUCGAUCCAAAUGCGAUUAUGUUCUUGAAUGAGUAUAAUACUAUUGAUCAUAGUGGUGAUGAGACGGCAAGCCCAGCUAACUAUAUGAAGAAAGUGCAGGAGAUUUUGUCAUUUCCUGGAAAUGAAAAUCUUUCACUAGGAAUUGGAUUGCAGGGUCACUUUGGUUCUUUUCAGCCAAAUAUAGCUUAUAUGAGAUCUGCUUUAGACAUGUUAGGCACAACAGGAUUGCCCAUAUGGCUUACAGAAGUCGAUCUAGAUAAAAUCCAAAAUCAGGCUCAGUAUUUGGAAGAGAUAUUAAGGGAGGGUUAUUCUCAUCCUGCAGUAAAAGGCAUUAUAAUGUUUGCAGGUCCAGAAAUAGCCGGUUUCAAUGCCACCACUUUGGCUGAUAAAAACUUCACAAAUACUCCAUCAGGAGAUGUAGUGGAUAAUCUGAUUGCCGAGUGGAAAUCUGGUACCUCUGAUCAUAAAACAGAUGGCGGAGGAUUGGUUAGCCUGUCACUAUUUCACGGAGAUUAUGAUGUUAUUGUAAGGCACCCUUUGACCAACUACUCAACUACUUUGAGUUUUAGGGUUGCAGAAGAAAAACCACAGAAAAUUGUCCAUGUUCAUAUUUAGAGCAACUGGAAAGUUUAUGUAUAAAAUAAUUAUCAAGCAUUAGUGAGACGUCAUGGUAGAACGGACAUCCACAUGAUAUCUGCAAGUUAGUGGAUGCACCUGAUCAGCCUUAUAAUAUAUGUUAUAUGUAUGCGUAUGUAUGUGCGAAGAAACAUAAUAUUUACGUUAGUUGACACAUUAUCUAGCUAUGGGUAAUUUUAUGUUAGAGUGAAAAAUUCAAGCUUGUAAGAGAUGGUGGGAAAAUAAAAAUAUCUAUUUGCAUUUGGUGCUAUUAU